CGCGCGAGUCGAGAGACGACGGAAACGAGAGCGCGUGCAACAAGCGGCACAAGCAGACGUAUUUGUCCGCCUGUGGCGAACGUCGUGUUGUUUUGCGGAGGUCAUCGCUUAAGUGUUUUGUAAGGUGAUCGUUGUAAUUUUAUAGUAGCCGCGAUUGGCCGAUGAACAUACUUGGCAAUGGGUUAUGCAUAAUUAUCCAAUUGAGAUUCAUAACACUUAUCACACCAACGUGUGACUGCGUGUAUCCGUCGUGCGUCGUGUGGUCCAUUCGUAUUUUAGGCGGUAGGGUCUAGCGGAUCCGGUCUCCACCUUCUGUGUGUCAGGGAUUAGCCAAGUCCUUCAAAUCCUCCGAACAAAUGACGAGAUGCCGGCUACUCUAUCUGUUCCUAUUAACGGCCCUAAUGAUGAGCACAGAAGCGCAGAAGGGCGGCGGAGGUAGAGGAGGGAGAGGUCGCAACCGAGGAAGAAUAUGGGGCUCGCGGAUGCCCAUCCUGAUACCUAAUCGGAAUCCCGCCAGCGCGCAUUAUUACGAGAACAAAGAUGGUGCUAAGAUCGUGAAAGCAUCGCACUUUGAACUGGAUUACAUGCUGGGCAGGAAGAUCACGUUCUUCUGCAUGGCCACCGGUUUCCCUAGGCCGGAAAUCACUUGGCUGAAGGAUGGGAUUGAGAUGUACCAUCACAAAUUUUUCCAGGUGCACGAGUGGCCCGUCGGCAACGACACGAUAAAGUCGAAAAUGGAGAUUGAUCCUGCGACGCAGAAGGACGCGGGAUACUAUGAAUGUCAGGCGGAUAAUCAGUAUGCCGUCGAUCGUCGGGGCUUCAGAACGGACUACGUCAUGAUCUCGUAUUAAACGCGUUCUCCGAUCGUAGCUCCGCGACCGCAUAGUGUAAUAGAAUAAAUAAUAUUUUUUCAACAAUAGCUAAUAGAUAUUUGUUAUACUGCGAAAAUAUUUACUAUUUGAUAGAUUUUUACCUGAUGAAAAGUAGAUGCAUUAUUAGUUACUGAUCGAAACAUCACGCGAAAAACGGGAAAUCUCUUAAGAUCAUCGUUAGAUGAUCUAAGAAAUUGGAUUCACACAUAAUUAUAAAUAUAAUUGAUAAAAUAGACU